UUGUGGUACACUUCAUAAGUCAGUCCAUUUGUGUUCUGUAAUGCGGGACGGUGUGCGAGAGAGGGGUUCACUGUCUCCUCGUGCCUCAGUCCUCCCCGCAAGGAAACAUAUUAAUGAUAUCAGGGGGGUUACAGUCAUCUCGGGGGGUUUCUGCAGUCCGAAACAAGUCAGCUCUCUAUCUGUUAUUAGGGAAUGAACGACGAGAAAAGCCCGGAUAACGGCAAGAGAAACUCUGGGUAUACCAGUAUUGAGCAAAUGCUGGCUGUGAACCCCGGGAAGACGCCCAUCAGUCUGCUGCAGGAAUAUGGAACGCGGAUAGGCAAGACUCCAGUGUACGACCUGCUGAAGGCUGAGGGUCAGGCCCACCAGCCCAACUUCACCUUCCGCGUGUCUGUGGGAGACAUCAGCUGCACCGGCCAGGGCCCCAGCAAGAAAGCUGCCAAGCACAAAGCCGCCGAGGCUGCCCUGAAAAUGCUGAAAGGAGGAAUGCUGGGAGGGAUCGGAGGAAAUGGAAUGGAGGGAGAUGGGUUUGUUGGGAUUGAUAUGGAGGGAGAAUGUUCUCAGUCAGAGAUGAAAUCAUCAAAUUCAACACAACAAGCUGAGUGCAAUCCAGUUGGAGCUUUGCAGGAACUAGUAGUGCAGAAAGGCUGGCGUUUACCUGAGUACACAGUCACUCAAGAAUCUGGACCUGCACACCGCAAAGAAUUUACAAUGACCUGCAGGGUGGAGAGAUUUGUUGAGAUAGGUAGUGGCACAUCAAAAAAGCUUGCUAAAAGAAACGCAGCAGCAAAGAUGCUCUCUCGUAUCCAUGAUGUACCAGUAGACAUGCGUAGCAGCCAUGAGGCCGAAGCAGAAGAUGACACCUUCAGUACUCAAAUGGGCGGCAGACUAGAGGGAGGGAAGUCGAAAGGUCUCGGCUGCACAUGGGACUCUCUGCGGAACUCGGCUGGAGAGAAAAUCCUACAGUUGCGCUGUCAUCCUCUCGGCCAGCCCGACUCCAAUGACUCCAAUUUCUGUUCUCUCCUUCGUGAACUUUCUGAGGAACAACGCUUUGACAUCAGCUACUUGGACAUAGAGGAGCGCAGUUUGAGCGGCCUUUACCAGUGUUUGGUGGAGUUGUCCACGCAGCCGAUUACCGUCUGCCAUGGAUUUGCCUCCAGCCUGGAUGCGGCACGUGCCAGUGCUGCCCACAAUGCCCUUCAGUACCUCAAGAUCAUGGCAGGGGGGAAAUAAGUCACAGUAACAGCUCACCUAUAACUUUUACAGGAAAAUCAGGUGAUUUUAAGUUUAACUCUUCCUCCACCAGUUCUGUGGCGGGGCUUGUUUGUUUGACACAGUAGAUGCAGUGUAAUGGUCUGCAAGGCCCCUGUGUUGAGUUUUUACUGCUACCAGGUGUGAACCCAGUUGGAGGACGUACUGAUUGCAUAUGACACCAAAAAAGUGUACCCUUGCUCCACAGUGCCUCCAAACAAAGACAGGGUACACUUAAUUUGAAACCUGAGGACAAAGGUUCACAGGUGUUCCAUGUGACUAAAAUAGUGAAUUUAUUUCUGAAAUUCAUAUUUAUUUCUCCACAAAUAUUUUGCCCAGAAGUCUUCAACUUUUAACUUUCCCUCUGAAUUUUUUUCUUUUUUCAUUUAAAUUAUAGCGUACAUACUUUGCUGUGUGAACUUGAUGAAUUGAUGAAAUUAAAACUGAUGGCAUGACUUUUUUUUUUUUUAAACAUUGUAAAUAUUUCACUUUUGUAUACUUAUUUUAAAUUCAUAUUUUAGAAGUUAUUCCUUAACAUUUAUUUUGCCUCGUAGAAUAUAUUUGUAAAAUCAAGUCUUUUUCUCUCAACCGUUGAGGCUAUAUCAUUUCAUGGGCCUGACAGUUUGUGUUAAAUAUCUACCUCUGUGUAAUUGUUUCUGCCUCCCAGGCUUCAUCAUUACAUUCAGACUGGCAAAAAUUGAACUCUGUAAUGUUCAUAUUCUGUAUAAUGGUAUAUAUGACCAACAGUAGUACUGUGACUACAGAUGUAAUUUCUACCAAAUUGGGUAAUCUAUUGGAUAUUUUAUCUUGAACAAUAAACUGUUGAAAUUGA